AUGACAUCCAAACUUUUAAUGAUUCCAAAAACUAAAUUCAAUCCUCGAUUUCAUCCAACAUCUAGAGAGAUUGAAUUACUUAGUUAGGUAAUAAAAUUUGAGUAAAAUGUUGAUUCGAAAGUAAAUUUGAGAAUAUAAACAAGGCAUUUACUUUGCAUGAAAAUCCUUUAAGUGUGCAUGGAAAAUUACAUUUAGGACAUUUUUACAAUAAAAUUCAUAAGGAUAUAAUAAAAAGGUAUAAAUUACUGAGAGGAUAUAAAAUUGCACCUUCAAUGUCAUUUGAAUUGUUUGGACCAUAAAUUGAACAUGCAGCAUUUUAAUAAUUAAUUUAAUAGGGAACAACAUAAAUGGAGUAUGAUGAAAUAGCAAUAAGAUAAAUAUGUUCAAAAUAUGCAGAAGAACAAUUAAAAUCUUAUUUGGAAUAGAUUUAAAGAUGGGGUAUAUUAGAAUAAGAAAUAAGUUUAACAAUAGAUCCAAGAUAUCAAAAAAAAGUAUUAUAUUAGUUAGCUCAUUUUCUAGAAAAAAGUAUAUAUAAAUGUAAUAUAAUAAUAGAUUAAAUUAUAAAGGAAUAGAAAGUUGUGAUAUGGUCUAAAUCUAGAUUAUCAGAAGUUCCUUUAGAUUCAGUAAUUAUUUCACAAAGAGAUGUUCCAGCACAUGCUAUAAAAUUCAGAUUUACAAGAUUAAGUCCAAACUUUAAGAAAUUAAAAUGUGUUGUAUAUCUUGUUCUAGAAUUACCAUCUCCAUGGAAAAUUCCAAGUGCAAAGGCUAUUUAAUUAAUGGAAUAGGAAUGGUUGGUGAUAAAAGAUAAAGAGGCUCUUAUUAUGAGCAAGUAAUUUUUUAAUACUCAUAAAGAUGAAUUUUCGAUGCAUAAAUUUGUUGGAACAAUAGUAACAUCUGAUAUUAUUAAUUUGACUGUUGAUAAUGGUUUAAAUGAGUUUAUAGAUUUAAGAAUGAUUAUAGGUGAAUAAAAUAAUAUAAUUUGUCCUGCUCAUUAAAUGGAUGAUAUACCUCUAGCAAAAAAAUAUAAACUUGAUAGAACAGGUAUGGUAAAUGAGAAUGGAUAACUAAUUUAUGAAGAUGAAGAAUUAGAUAUUCUAAAUAAUGAAGCAAAUUAAUAAAUUUUGAAAGAUCUAAGAGAAAAAAAUAGAAUUCUUAAUAUUGUUAGUUCAGCAUAAGAUGUUUUUUAUCAUCAUAAAGUUACAGGAGAAUAACUGUUAUUAAGAAGUGUUUCUGCAUGGUUUUUGAAAUUUGAUGAAUAACUUAUUAAAUAAUAUAAAGAAAAGUAUAAUAUAGAUGAAGAGAAUGCAAAAUUAAAUAAUAAAGAUUAAAUAUAUACAUCAUAUAUAGAAUUAAUGGAAUCUUUAUGUGGUUAAUUGUGCAUAACUGAACAUAAUGUUUGGGGAAUUCCAAUACCUUUAUUUAAAGCUACAGUUCCUAAAAAAUUUGAUAAAUUAAAAAAUGGAUACUUACUUAAUGCAGAUAUUGUCAGACAUUUUGCUGAUUUAAUUGAAAAUAAUGGAAGUGACAUAUAUUGGAAGUGGAAUAUUGUUGAUUUAUUACCAGAUUAAUAUAAACAUUUAGCAUAACAUCUUGAAAAACAUACAUGCGUCUUAAAUCGAAACUUUAGUUUACCAUAAUAAUGUGAUCUUAUAUAUGAAGGAUAAGAUUAAAAUGAGUCCUUUCUUUUUAGUAGUUAAAUGAUGAUGAUACUAUUUCACAAAAAAUUUAAUAGAAAAAUUUAUACUCAUCCAGUCUUAUAAUACAAUAAGGAUAAAAUUAGUAAAACCAAUUAUUUUACUUUAGAAAGUAUUAUUGAUGGGUAAAUUAAAGCAAAUGAAUUAAAUUAAUAUGGAGUAAACUAUUAUUAUUAUUAUUAUUAGUGUGGUGUUGAUAUUUUGAGAGCUCUUGUCACUUCUAUAAAUGAAUAUGAUGAAUUUUCAUAAUUUAUGAUAGACAAAAAAAAGGAAUAAAUUAAUUAUAUUAGAAAAAUCUAUUGGUAGAUUAUUGGCUGUCUAGAAAUUGCUUCUGUCACUCUUGUUGAAUUCAAAGAUUUAAAAUUUGUACUUAUAAAUUAAUUAAUAAUUUAGUAUGAUUCUUAUAUUUAUCAACAAUUGAUAUUAUUUGUUUCCAACAUUACAAAAGCCUAUGAAGAUUUAAACUUUGGAUAAGCUUACUAAUUAUAUAUAGAUUUCAUGCAAAAUUAUGUUUCUUUAUAUGUUUCAAGCACAAGAAAUAAAAUUAUUGCAUUUCAUAGUGAGUAUCAAAAUAGCUUAUAUAUCUAUUUCAAAAUUUACGAUAUUACAUUAAAUGUUAUUCAACCUAUAUUAUGUUUUAAUGCUCGAGAUAUUCAUACCAAAUUACCUACUUCAUGGCCUAAAAUCCCAGUUAGUCAUUUUUAAGAAGCAUAAUAAAAUAUUGUGACUUUAAAUUUAUUACAUAAAUUAUAAAAAGAGAUCAAUACAUAAAUUGAUUUAGUUUAAGAAAGAAUUAAACAAAAAAACGUAUCAAAAAAAUUAGAAAUUGUAUUUAUAAUUGAACCAAAUACUUAUGAAUCUUAAUUAAUUGAUUUAGAUCCUAAUGAAUUAGCUUUAUUUUUUGAUUGUGGUUAAAUAACUAUAGAGACUGAUUAUUUAAAUAAACAAAGACCAACACAUAUUUGCAUUUCUUCAUUUUUUGUGAAAGAAUAAUUUUAUCAUCAAAAGAUUAAUUAUCAUCUCAAAUUUUAUGAAAUUACUCAUAAUUAGUGUCCAAGAUGUCUUGAACAUAAACCCCUCAUAUCAGAUAUCUGUUAGGAUUGUAUAGAUUAUAUUUAAAUAGAAGAAGAAAAGUUAAAAUAAAUUAAUUGA